AUGGGCUCUCUAGGAGCUGAAAAGAUCGUGUCGCUCAAAGACACCAACACUCUCCUCUUCGAGUCCUUACCGGCUUCUCUACCGCACACACGACUCCCAGAUGACGUGGGCAUAGAUGACGUGGGCAUAGAUGCCGUUGCCACCGCGGGCGUCGCGCUCCUGGACACCCUACACGAGAACCAAUCCGAUCUCGUCGACGGCGUUGUCUGGAGAGACCUAUGCGCACUGACAGGGACAUUCCGGACCUUUUAUGGUGUGCAACGCGUAUGGUCAGUCUGGAACAAGCUGUCUCGAACUCACCAGCCGUGCAACUUUAAAGUAAUCCCCGGCACUGCAGAAGUGGUCCAUGCCGGAGACAGUUCUUCAUGGAUCAUGACUGCUUACGAAUUCGAGUGUCGUGGCGACCCAGCGACCAAGUGCUCCGGCUUCGUCGGCCUCGUUCCCGACCCCGCCUCCCCUUCGCAAUGGAAGAUCUGGAUGUUCACCACCCUCCUCGAGGAGUUGAUUGGCUUUCCCAAUCCCGACGUGGCUGCAGCGCCAAAAACGAAGACGAACGGCGUCAUCACGAACGGCGAUUCGUCUCACCAUACUACUAGCGAAGACGAUGAUUUCCAAGUUGUCGUCGUUGGAGCCGGGUUCUCUGGUUUGGCCGUCGCUGGCCGUCUCCACGCAAUGGGAAUCAAGGUCGUUGUCAUAGAGAGAAAUCCUGAACUCGGCGAUAACUGGAAGAAUCGAUAUGAAUCUGCUCGAUUUCACACGACGAAAGAAUAUUCAGACUUCCCGCUUGGGCGCCUGUUUGCACCCGAAGACGCCAAAUUCCCUGGUCGUCUUGACCUGGUCCGGCUAUACAAGAAAUACGUCAAACGUCAUGGUCUUGAUGUCAGGUGUUCUUCGAGUCUCCAGAAUGCGUCUUACGAGACAGAAGACAACCUUUGGACACUGGAUAUCCAAAGCUUUGGAGAUACCAUCAGAUUCCGUACACGGCAUCUGGUCCUGGCAAUCGGUGGACUGGGUGCGAUUCCAAACAUGCCAAAAUUGCCCAACCGAGACCUCUUCAAAGGAGAAGUGAUGCAUUCCUUCGACUACAGGUCUGCACGUGCCUGGAAAGGAAAGGUUGGAGUGGUGGUAGGAUCUGCAAACACAGCACACGACGUGGCUGAAGACAUGGUCGACGCUGGACUCUCGUCUGUGACAUUAGUUCAGCGCAGCCCGACCCCGGUCUUUCCGAUAGAAUGGUACAAAGAAUUGAUGGAUGCACACUAUACGGCGAGCAGCGACUUGGAGUUUGCCGACAGAAGAACGAUUUCUCUUCCAGUUGCUAUUUCUCGACUCAUCGGAGUGGAGUAUUACAAGGGUCGCAUGGCACGAGAGCCUGAACGGCUCAAUGCACUGGAGCAAGCUGGAUUUGCCAUCGAAAAAUCUGGAGACAUGGUCAAAUGUGCCUUUGGUGACGGUGCCGGAGGCCAUCAUACCGAUGUUGGUGGCGGCGCCAAAAUAGUUGCUGGCCAGAUCAAGGUCAAGUCCCCUGCGACAGUGACCGAGUUUACUCCUACUGGUCUUCGCUUCGCCGACGGAAGCGAACUCGAAGCAGGUGCCAUUGUAUUUUGCACGGGGUUUCACACCAACAUGCUUCCAGAAGCGGUCAAGAUUCUGGGUACUUCGAUGAAAAGCCAGCUGGAGAACUUCUGGGGCAUCGAUCAGGAGGGCGAAUUGCGCGGCGCCUUCAAGAAAAUGAAACAACCUGGCGUUUGGUUUAUCGGUGGAGGAGCGCCAUGGGCCCGGUUUGGAUCUCGGUUUCUGGCAUUGCAGAUCCAAUCAGACCUUGUUGGACGGCCAUUGAAGACGUACAAAACCCACCAGCAGGAUCUGUGA